AUGUACUUUGAGCCUGGCAGUCAGUCGGGAGGAAUACCUCACAACCUUCCCCAUGAUCCGUUCAAGGCAUGCGUUGUUCCUCGGCCAAUUGGCUGGAUAUCGACCAUCUCAGCAACGGAUCCGAAGACGCACAACCUGGCACCCUAUUCUCAGUUCAAUAACCUCACAUUCGAUCCACCCUAUGUUAUGUUCUCGGCCAAUCAAAAACCGGACCAGCAAAGAAAGGAUACGGUUCUCAACGCGGAGCUGACCGGCAAGUUCUGCUGGAACCUAGCUACUUGGCCCUUGCGUGAAGCUGUAAACAUCUCGGCUGAGCAGGUUGACUACGGAGUGGACGAGUUCGACCGCGCAGGUUUGCAAAAGGAAUACAGUCGCGCGCUGCCAGGACAUCCUGUGCCCAUGGUCAAGGACAGUCCGGUCAAGUUUGAAUGUGUAUAUCAUACCACUCUCAGGCUACCCGCAAACCCUCCCAUGGUGUCGGAUUGGAAGUCCAAUUCGACCGCGGCAUACAGCCGACUGCGCAGGGGCCAAUUAGGGGCCCUAUUUAUAAUUAUCGUAGCUAGCCUAACCUACGGUUAG